UUCACUACGAUAGAAUUAAAAAAUGGAGCGGCUUGUUUCAAACUGGUACAACCAUCGAGCUUUGCCCGAGUCUUAUAUUUGUCCACCAGAAACAAGGCCCGGCAAGCUCAGCAUUCCCAGUGGUGACACCAUUCCCGUUGUUAACCUCGGGGAAGCUUUGAUUAAUCGAAGUAAUACCAUUCUAAACGUUCUCAGGGCUAGCCAAGAGUUCGGAUUUUUUCAGGUUGUUAACCAUGGAGUUUCAGAGAAAGUAUUGAAUGACACAAUGAAUGUGGUGGAGGAGUUCUUUAAGAUGCCAAUGGAGGAAAAGGCAAGCCUCUACUCAGAGGAUCCAAAUAAAGUCUGCAGGCUUUACACAAGCAAUAUAAACUAUGGUACCGAAAAGUAUCACUUUUGGCGUGACAUUCUGAAGCACCAUUGUCAUCCUUUAGACGACUGCAUUAAACUUUGGCCUCAAAAGCCAACUCGAUACAGGGAUGUUAUAAGGACAUUCUCAGUUGAAGGAAAAAAACUGGGUUUAACAAUCCUGGAGUUGCUUACUGAGGGCUUAGGGCUUGAAUCUGGGUACUUCAAGAAGGAUCUAAGUGAAGCUAUGCUAUUGGUGGCUAACCAUUACCCACCAUGUCCAGAUCCAAGCUUGACCUUGGGGUUACCUAAGCAUUGUGACCCUAAUCUCAUUACCAUCCUACUUCAAGGACAUACCUUUGGACUUCAAGUCUUCAAAGAUGGACAAUGGAUUGGUGUUCAGCCUCUGCCUAAUGCUCUUGUGGUUAACAUAGGCCACCAAUUACGGAUUGUGAGCAACAACAAGCUGAAAAGUGCCGAACAUCGAGCAGUGACCAACUCCAAGGUUGCUCGAACAACUGUCGGAUUAUUCAUCAGUUCCUCGGAAGACAGCAUUAUAGAACCAGCAAAAUCUCUGACCAAUGCAGCACAGCCUCCAUUAUACAGAGCUUUUCGAUACAAAGAGUUCCUAAGUUACUACUUCUCCAUGAUGGGAGACACUGAGUUAGCUCUUCAGCCUUUUAAGUUGCCAUUUAAUCAAAGUGUGAUUUCGUAGAUUGAUAUGAUUAAACAUACAAAUUACCUAUUAUUCUCAUAUGUAUCUUUCAUGAUUUAAGCUGAUUCAGCUGUCAAGUAUCAGUCGUGAUCAUGGUUUGAAAUAUAAUUUAUAAUACUAUAAACGUGAUAAUAUAUGGUAUGCGAGUUUGCUAGA